AUGAGUCGUGAUGAUAAUUCAGUUAUUGGGUCAAAUGCAAAUGAAGAUAAUGUUCAAGGUUCAAGCGGGAUAGAAAUUGAAUUGGAAAUUCUUGAGGGUAGUAGUCAAGCUGGACCAAGUAGUGGCAGCCAAACCCUCGGUGAAUUUUUCAAAGAGGUCAAUUCCAUUCAAGAUAUGAUUCGUUCGAUAAAAGAAAACUUGAUAGCAAUUCAAGAUUUACAUAAAAGAAUCUUAAUAACAUUGACGCAGGAUGAGAGUUCCCGUUGA